AUGGAAGUAAAUAAAAUUAAAAAUCAACAAAAUGAAUUAAUUCAAUAUCAUAAAAUUAAAUCAAUUAAAGAACAUAUUAAAGUUAUGGAAUCAAAAUUAUUAUUAUUAUUGAAUAAUGGAAAUAUGGAUGAAACUAGUAAUUCAACCAUUACAGAAUCAAUAGAAUCAAUAAAAAUAUGUAUAAUAUUAAAUUAA